AGUGACGACAAUCCAAAGGGUGAAAGAGGCUUUUUCUCUCCGCGAAGUUCUGUUCAGAAAGCGUUAGCUCUCUUUUGGCAGCAGUCACUCAGUGACAGGCGGAAUGACUGAAGUGGAUGAUAAACAGAGCGAUCCCCAUAGGCAAGAUCUCAAUGACGAUGACCCGGACAAGGGUCGUAAGGGAACGUAUCCCAAAUCCGUUUUCUUCAUCAUCUGCACUGAAUUCUGCGAGCGGUUCUCCUACUAUGGAAUGCGGACGAUUUUGUUCAUCUAUCUCUCCAAAAUUCUUCUCUACUCAGAAGCUGAUACGAAAUCAAUCUAUCAUGGUUUCACCAUGGCCUGCUAUUUCAUGCCUCUAUUGGGAGCCAUCAUUGCGGACUCGUAUCUGGGGAAAUACAAAACAAUUUUUUACAUCUCCAUCAUUUACGCAAUCGGGAACGGAGUACUGUCAGCCGGAGCUUUCGAUCUCGGACCAUAUAUGCAAAGACUGCUCUCCAUAACCGGACUCGCUCUGAUCGCGUUGGGUACGGGGGGAAUCAAGCCCUGCGUUGCUGCUUUCGGUGGAGAUCAGUUCGUCAAAGGGCAGGAGAUCUGGCUGGAGCAGUUCUUCUCAUUUUUCUACAUGUGUAUAAACGCGGGAUCUACUCUAUCUACGGCUAUUACUCCAUUGUUGCGGGCGACACCGUGCAAUGGCCAAGACAGCUGCUUCCCUUUAGCAUUCGGAGUACCGGCCAUAUUGAUGGUCGUUUCAGUUGUGAUAUUCGUGAGCGGACGUCCGUACUAUCGGUUGAACCCUCCCGGAGAGAACGUCAUUGUGAAACUGGGGGGCUGCAUUUCGAGAGCGAUAGUGAACAACGUCAGGGGGAAGAACGGCAAUAAAGCUCAUUGGCUCGAUCACGCAGAUGACAAAUAUGACCAAAAGUUCAUCGAAGACGUGAAAGCCGUCUGCCGAGUGAUGCUGAUUUUCAUUCCUGUGCCGAUUUUCUGGGCGUUAUUCGACCAGCAGGGUUCGACUUGGACUUCACAGGCUACACAGAUGCGCUGGUCCGUUCUCGGCGUCCCACUAUUGCCGGAACAAAUGCAAUUGCUGAACCCGCUCCUAAUUUUGAUCCUCGCACCCUUGUUCAGUUACAUUAUCUAUCCGGUUUUCCAGAAAAUCGGUUUGCUCACAAAGCCGCUUCAGAAAAUGGUCGUGGGAGGCCUGCUGGCAUCGGCAUCGUUCUUCGUGUGCAUGCUGCUUCAAGUCGCGGUUGAGCAACAAGAUGCGAACGCAAUGACUCUCAUCAACAGUGUACCAUGCUCCUUAGAGAUGAGCUAUGUAAUCAACGACCAGAAGGAAACGGGAAUCCUGGCCGCGCGAGACUCCCUCAGAAUUGCGAGACCGUGGCCAGAGGAGAUCAAUUUCAAGCCGCAGUGUCCAGAAGUGAAGGAGUUCAAGUACUCCCCUCCGAACUCGUACAGAGCAGCCCUCGAGAAAAUAAUCUCCAAAGCACCGGAGAGAGCAAUCGUGACAGAGAUCCCCACCCUGGGAAAGGGAAACUACGCUGACGUCAAAGUAUUCAUCUUGGACAAGAAUCUGAGCCUCGAACUCACUGAUCACCUGAACAAGUCAUACGAUGUCGUAAGCGCAGAGUCGGAACAGCUCAUAUUCAUGAGGGCAGAAGUUCCCGCCGUCGCCGGUCACAGCUACACCCUCUCCGCUGAUGGAGUGAAAUGUCCGACUGUCGGAUUGGAGGUCGGCUAUGGAUACACCUUCAUCAUCGACGAAGAUAAUACAUGCUCAUUCAAUGUCACUCGAGUGUCGCCGAACCUAUCGCUCAGUUGGCAAGCGCCGCAAUACAUUCUGAUCACUGCCGGUGAAGUCAUGUUCUCCGUCACGGGUCUCGAGUUCUCUUACUCACAAGCGCCGAAGAGUAUGAAAUCGGUUUUGCAAGCAGGAUGGCUCCUAACCGUCGCUGUCGGUAAUCUUUUCGUAGUUAUCGUAGCGAAGGUUGGUCUCCAGAAACAGUCGACGGAAUUCAUGGUUUUCGGUUUCGCCAUGCUCGGUGAUAUGAUCUUCUUCGCCGUGCUAGCCUUCUUCUACAGACCUGUGAAACAAUCGGAUACCAGCGAAGAUCACAAUGAAAUGCCCACUGAAAAGACGCCACUCAGAGGCUCGUUGAAGGGAUGGCGAUCCUCGAAAUGGUGA